AUGUCCCUUCCAGAACUAUCCCUCCUAGGAAUAGCCAUAACAAUAAUAUACACUUCCCAAGGUUCCUAUGGGAUAACUGAACCAUUACAAGCUGCUUUAGGAUUCAGUUUAAUUGGAUUCAUAUCAACAAAUUAUUUAAUCCCAAAAUUAUCUUCAUCAUUCAUCAAGAUAGGUCUAUAUGGUAAAGAUUUAUCCAAACCCAAUAAACCUGUUAUUCCAGAAUCAUUAGGUUCAGUUGCUGCUACUUCCUACUUAUUUGUCAUGUUUUUCUUUAUACCAUUCCUAUUCAUCAAGUACUUGGUGACAAAUACUACAGGUGGUGGUAAUAGAGAUGAUGGAAUCACCCAGAUAAGAGAUUCGGACCUUGAUAGAUUCCCACAUGAUAAAUUAGCUGGUUAUUUAAGUGCAAUAUUAUGUUUAGAAAGUACUGUUCUCUUGGGUAUUGCAGAUGAUUUAUUUGAUAUUAGAUGGAGACAUAAAUUUUUUUUACCAGCUAUUGCUGCUAUACCUUUAUUAAUUGUUUAUUAUGUUGAUUUUGGUAUUACACAUGUCUUGAUUCCAAAGUUCUUGGAAUCUUGGUUCCCACAGGGGCAAACUACAAUUGAAUUAGGUUGGUUAUAUUAUAUUUAUAUGAGUUCUGUUGCAAUUUUUUGUCCAAAUUCAAUAAAUAUCCUUGCUGGUGUUAAUGGUUUAGAAGUUGGUCAAAGUAUUAUAAUUGCCCUCUUGAUCUUAAUUAAUGAUUUAAUUUUCCUUGUAUCUGGUUCAUUCCCAGCAAGAGAAUCUCAUUUAUUUUCAAUUUGUUUAAUCAUUCCAUUCCUUGGUGUUUCUCUUGCCCUCUUAAAAUUUAAUUGGUGGCCUUCAAAAGUAUUCGUGGGGGAUACUUAUUGUUAUUUUGCAGGUAUGGUAUUUGCUAUAGUUGGUAUCCUUGGUCAUUUCUCCAAGACAUUAUUAUUAUUUUUCAUACCACAAAUUUUUAAUUUUAUUUAUUCUUUACCACAAUUAAUCAAUUCAAUUCCUUGUCCAAGACAUAGAUUACCAAAAUUUAACCCAGAAGAUGGAUUAAUGUAUCCAUCAAUGGUUGAUUAUACCCAACCAACAACAAAACAAUUAAAACCAUGGAUCACACAAACCUUAGAACUCUUAUCAAUUUUAAAAUUAGUUAAAUUGGAAAAAGACAUUAAGACUGGGAGAAUCAUUAAAAAUUCAAAUUUUACUUUAAUUAAUCUUAUACUUGUUUGGUUUGGUCCUUUGAGAGAGGAUAAAUUAACUUUAAUUAUAUUGGGUUUACAAUUUUUGAUUGGGGUUUUUGCUAUUUUUAUAAGACAUACUAUUGGUCCUUGGGUAUUUGGUUAUGAUAAUUUAUGGUUAACAAAUAUAAUUUAG